AUGUGCAGAUGGCGCCAGGCGGUGACAAGUCAGAGACAUUGUCAGCAAAUAAUCGCCGACCACGGUAACUAUUUUCUCGGCAGCCAUCCCGCGCAACCGUGCGCCAUUCCCAAGGGAGUUCUAUUCUUAUUCAAUUUAACAUCUCUCUUGUUAGUCGAGGUCCCAACCAACAAACCAUCCCAUACCAUGCCCGCUGCUUUAUCCGCUUAUGGCGCAAUGCAUCUGCUGUUGUUCGGAUCCAUCAAUAUGGAGCCCAAUUUUCUCUCAGCCCAUUCUGUCGAUAACCGAAAAUCUUGUUCUGACCUGGUAACUGAAGAUCCUAUGGGUCUGCCAAGUACCAAGAGCCUUCGCUUCCCCGUUGUAGAACACAGCCGGGAUCUGAUUGAUUCCCUCAAUUACUCUGGGCAUUUUCUCCAGAUUUACCAAGACACUGGGUUUCUUGGACCGCAUCAACAGCCGGCGACUACCGACAAUAGCGAAUAUCGGUUCAUUCGCAGCCUAAGCCGUUGUGCGAAAUUGAUCAUGUCAAGCGAGAGCCGCGUGAUUCCCUCUGCCGGCCCUGAUAUCCGGAAAGAGGCGUUGUUAGUCCCCUCGUGCUAA